AUGACAGACCAGAGGCUCCCCGAGGUCGACCUGGUCACCAGGAUGCAGGUCGACGAGUCCGUCGUUGGGAACAACGACAUCGACGAGUCUCUCUACAGCCGACAGCUCUAUGUCUUGGGCCACGAGGCCAUGAAGCGCAUGGGCGCGUCCAACGUGCUCAUCGUUGGACUCAAGGGCCUUGGUGUCGAGAUAGCCAAGAACGUCGCCCUUGCCGGCGUCAAGAGCCUGACCCUCCACGAUCCUGCCCCUGUCGCCAUCGCAGACCUGUCCUCCCAGUUCUUCCUACGACCUGGCGACGUCGGCAAGCCCCGUGAUGCGGUCACCGCCCCUCGGGUGGCCGAGCUGAACGCAUACACCCCAGUCAGCGUGCACAAGUCUUCCGGGCUCGCCGAUAACCUCACAGAGCUCGACAAGUUUCAAGUCGUUGUCCUGACUGGCGCCCCCCUGAAAGAACAGCUUGCGAUCGGCGACUACUGUCACUCGAAGGGCAUCUACUUUAUUACCGCGGACACGUUCGGCUUGUUUGGCAACAUCUUCUGUGAUUUCGGCGAGAAGUUCUCGGUUAUCGAUGCGACCGGGGAGAACCCACAGAGCGGGAUCAUCGCCGGUGUUGACGAUGAGGGUGUCGUGUCCGCCCUCGACGAGACCCGCCACGGCCUUGAAGAUGGAGACUACGUGACAUUCUCCGAAAUCGAGGGCAUGGAGGGCCUGAACAGCUCCGAGCCACGAAAAGUCACGGUGAAAGGCCCGUACACUUUCUCCAUUGGGGACGUCUCAGGUCUGGGCCAGUACAAGCGAGGAGGUCUGUUCCAGCAGGUCAAGAUGCCCAAGAUCUUGGACUUCAAGAGCAUCACACAGUCGUUGCCGGAACCUGAAUUUCUCGUGUCUGACUACGCCAAGUUUGACCGCCCACAGCAACUCCACAUUGGAUUCCAAGCUCUGCAUGCGUUUGUCCAAACACAAGGCCAUCUACCAAGACCCAUGAAUAAGGACGAUGCUGCUGUGGUGGUCAAGUCGGCCGAGACCUUCGCAAGUAAGAUGGGCGUCGAGGUCGAGAUCGACGAGAAACUGUUGACCGAGCUGAGCUACCAAGCGACCGGGGACCUGAACCCCAUGGCGGCUUUCUUCGGUGGACUUGCGGCCCAAGAGGUUCUCAAAGCAGUCUCGGGCAAAUUUCACCCAGUGCAGCAGUGGAUGUAUUUCGACUCCUUGGAAUCGAUUCCUCAAGACUCAAAGAGGUCCGAGGCAUUGUGUGCACCCGUUGGUAGCCGCUACGAUGGCCAGAUAGCGGUCUUCGGCAAGGAGUACCAGGAGAAGAUUUCAAACAUCAAGCAAUUCCUGGUUGGCGCAGGUGCCAUCGGUUGUGAGAUGCUGAAGAACUGGGCUAUGAUCGGUCUAGGUACUGGACCCAACGGCCAGAUCACUAUCACUGAUAUGGACUCUAUCGAGAAGAGUAACCUGAACCGACAAUUCCUGUUCCGACCCAAGGACGUGGGCAAGAUGAAGAGCGACUGUGCAGCUGAGGCCGUCCAACUUAUGAACCCAGACCUGAAGGGACACACUGUUUGUUUGAAAGACCGUGUCAGCCCAGAAACUGAGGAAAUCUUUAACGAGGACUUCUGGAACAGCUUGGAUGGCGUCACCAAUGCACUGGACAACGUGGAGGCAAGAACAUAUGUCGACCGGCGUUGCGUGUUCUUCAAGAAGCCUCUGCUUGAGAGUGGCACACUGGGCACAAAGGGAAACACACAAGUCGUUUUGCCCGGCAUCACGGAGUCAUACUCAUCUUCAGUAGACCCGCCUGAGCAGUCGUUCCCGAUGUGCACACUCCGAAGUUUCCCAAACAAGAUCGAGCACACGAUCGCUUGGGCACGUGAACUUUUUGAGACGAACUUCGUAAAACCGGCUGAGACGGCAAACCUCUACCUCACGAAGCCGGAUUACCUGAAGACCACGCUGGCGCAAGGUGGCGAUCAGAAGACGACGCUGACGGUGCUUCGCGACUACCUGAAGAACGAGCGCGCGCUCACCUUUGAGGACUGCGUGAGCUGGGCUCGCAUGGUGUUUGAAAAGCAGUACAACAAUGCGAUCCAACAACUGCUUUACAAUUUCCCGAAGGACUCUACGUCCUCCAGUGGACAGCCUUUCUGGUCUGGCCCCAAGCGAGCACCGGAUGCGUUGAAGUUUGACAUCAACGACCCCACCCACUACCAAUUCCUCGUUGCGGCAACUAACCUGCACGCCUUCAACUACAACAUCAAUGUGCGGGAUAAGGACCGCGCUGCGUAUGAGGCUGCAUUGGAGUCUAUGAUUGUCCCAGACUUCACUCCCGACCCUGGUGUCAAGAUCCAGGCGGACGACAAGGAGCCAGACCCCAACAAGGAGGCAUCAGGGAACUUUGGGGAUGACACGGAGUUAGAGAAGAUCGCUGCCGACAUCCCCGACCCCAAGUCGCUGGCAGGGUUCAAGCUCACACCGGUCGAGUUUGAGAAGGACGAUGAUACCAACUUCCACAUCGACUUCAUCACGGCAGCGAGCAACCUUCGAGCCUUGAAUUACAAGAUCGAGACAGCAGAUCGCCACAAGACCAAGUUCAUCGCUGGCAAGAUCAUUCCGGCCAUCGCAACCACGACCGCGUUGGUCACGGGCCUGGUUGUCUUGGAGCUGUACAAGAUCAUUGAUGGAAAGACGGACGUGGAGCAGUACAAGAACGGAUUUGCCAACCUGGCCCUUCCCUUCUUCGGCUUCAGCGAGCCGAUAGCCAGCCCCAAGGUCACCUGGAAAGGACCCAAUGGCGAGAAGCAGACAAUGGACAAGAUCUGGGACCGGUUCGAGGUGAACAACAUCACAUUGAAGGAGCUGACUGAUUACUUCGAGUCGCGUGGCCUCGAGGUAUCCAUGGUUAGCUCCGGUGUGAGCCUGCUCUAUGCGAUAUUCUUCCCCCCUGCGAAGAAGGCUGAGCGGCACGGGAUGAAGCUCAUUGACCUCGUCGAGUUCGUGUCCAAGAAGCCUGUCCCAGCGCACCAGAAGUAUGUUAUCUUCGAGGUAGUCGUUGAGGACGCGGACGGGGAGGACGUUGAGGUGCCCUACGUGAGAGUAUCGCGGGAUUAA